AGCUGCGGUAGAAAACGAAGUCAUUAUGACAAAGAAAUGGAUCACGCGUUCACUCUUAUUUUUCACAACAUCAAGAGGCUGCAAGACGGCCAUUUAUCGAACAGUACGACAACACUCGAACAAGCGGAAGGCAAGUCGGAGAUAACUACUUGUACAAACACAAUGGAAGUGCCUUUGAGAAGAGAAAGAAGUAGAUCAGAUACUUCACUGUUAAGGUAUACGGGAGACAUGAGGACACUAAUUGAACUUCAGUCAAACAUGACGCGCCCAAAGUCGCGCUCUCACUGUGGUGAAGUUGCUUGUCCAGCAGAAACAAGAAAAGUCCGAUUUUCCGACGACUACGUUACAAGAAAGGAGGACGUAAGACGUCCACCUUUAACAAAAAGACCUUGGUCAGAUCAGCCACCUCGUCCUGCAAUUGUUGUAACCAAGGAAAGUUGACAUCAGCUUUACGGCUGCUGGGUUAAGUUUAAGAACGAAGGAAACUUUAGCAAGAAAAAUGAUGGUAUGUAACAUAAAGAAAAUCUUUUAAAAUGCAGACGAAUUCUUCUGAAACAACUGAGACACUUUUGCAGCAGUUCAUCAUCAUUCAUAGAGAAAACAUUUAGAAUUAAUUCAACAAGAAAGCUUGGCAAACAUAUUUUUUGAAAACAAAUGCAAAUUGUUAUGCAUACUAUUGACUGGGUGUCUGCAAUUUCGUCAUACUUUGCCUUCAGGGAAUGUUUUCUGUUUUUCUUUGAAUGAGUGAAUGAAUGAACUAAAUAUGCCACUUAUGAGUUAAGUUUUUUUCUUACUUAAAACCACACUCGCCUGAAGGCUCUAAUGCUUAUUUGUUGGGAACCCAUUAGACACUUGUUGCUUACCCUAGCCUUAUUGGCUACCUUUCUGAAUUGUCAGAUACCAUUGUGAACUGUUCAAGACGUUGUUACAUGUACGUUGAUCUAAUAAAAGAAGAAAAAAGUACUCAGAUAAAUAAAUGUAAUAUGCUACCAUUUGUCUUCGACACGGUUGUUGGCUAUAUCGACCAUCAUAGUACAUUUUGGGGGAAGAGGGCUUCCACAAGCCUGAUAUUUCAAGGAAAAUACGCAUUGAGAAAAAGUACUUAAAGCAGGCACCACAUUCAAAAAGGCAAACCAAGCUCAAUAAAUAUAUUUGAGGUCAACGCUAACUCGACACUUUAGAAGUGGUAGCUCUGAAGAAGAUAACAGAAUCGUUGAGAUCGACGGGAAUCGGGCAAAAAGGUAGAUAAAUUACAAGGAAUACAACACGACUCAGCUAACUUUAGUCAUAAAUCAACUUUCGUUCCCCAUCUCGGUGAGUGGCUGUAUCUUUAUUGCACGACAUAUGAGAAAAAAAGAAGCAUAAAAUAAGUUAUAAUAAGAACGUCUUUUAUGCCUGAAGUGACGUCAAACCCGCAAAGGCUAGAUCCGAUCGCGAAUAGUAAUCCAAAGUUAACUUUUGCUAGCAGAGGAAGCCCUCCCAAGGUCCGUGAUCAGAAGCAUGUUUCAUUCAGUCUUGCCAUUUUUUUAUACGCUGGAACUGAUUCUUUGUUUUCUUUUUAAAGAAAACUUUUUUUACAAAUCUGUAUCAGUAAAGAAUGAAAGAAGGCAGAGACUAAAAUGAAAAAGGCUAGCUCUAAAAAAUGCUGACAAAUGCCGCUUAUAUUAACAAGUAUGACCACAUCUUGCAUGAUGCGGAUACGCUAAAUGAGAGCGUGAAGUUUGAUUGGAUGUUUCCCAAACACGCAGCAAAAGAGGUCACCACAGGGACACGAGCACGGAAUGAAAAGGGCUGAUUAACUCUGAGUUCCCUAGCGUAAAUUGAAAAACAAUUGGCCUCUGGAAACCAGCCACAGCUUUGCUAAGGACAUGAGUGGCACUUUUAACGAAUUAAUUCAUCAAGUCAACUUUUCCUCGAAGGACACCUUUCAAGUGACCGUUUUGGAGACGGAUAUCAGCUGAGAGUUAAUUUAGAGAAGUACAAUGAAACAUGGAAGUUGUCAAAAUUAUAAAUUUCCUCAUGGUUCGCGCCAAACGUUGCAAACUGAAAAGAUGUUCAUUGUAAAACCUCGCGCGGCUCGGGGGAGGAGACCUGUAAAAUGUCAGGGAUUUAAGGGCGAGAUUGAAAUAGCAAACUGAAUAUCACACAGCACUACUUGGAGGUUGCUUACGUCCUUAAAUAGGUAGGGGCGUCUCUACCUGACAAGCACGUACGCAGGUGCAUAACAGAAAAUAAAAAUGUCAAAGGUUAAUGAAAAACACUACAAAGUAAAAAAAUGUAAAAUAAUUAUGCUGGAUAAAAGCAAUAAUUCGAAGAAGCAAAAUCACUCUCAGCCAUGUAACUUCCCCUCAUAUCUUUCAAAUAUUAAUUUUUCAGAUCGUAAGAUGCUGGAGUAGGCCAGAAGGAGGAAAACUUAGACCAGUUUCGCGGAUAUAUUACAAUUUUAUGAUUAGUAUGCUUGCGCCUUAACCAAAAAUAAAUAACUAAGCAAUAAUGAUAAUACUAAUAACACAAUGGAAUCAAAAUUUAAGAAUUCUUUGCAAGCAGUAUAAGAGAGGCAAUUUAACUUUGGCUUACGUGUGAACCAUUGUUAAUUGGUAAAGAAAUCGUAUAGUGUAUUUUCCAUGAUGAAAACUAAGUCAUAACUCCAUAUUUUUUUCGGACCAAGUUAAUUAAAAUUUGCCUUACGCGACUACUUCUAUUUAACUCUUUAGUUUUACCAAGUACUUGAUCUCUCAGUCUUACCUUAAAUAAUGGCAGUCUGUUUCAUUUUAUUUAAUGGGGUAAAUUUGCCUUAGACGGGCUUGUAGGGACAGCUUUUAAGUUAACUGAAAUAGCGGGAAUUACGGGGCCAAAAGUGGUACUCAGGGAUUAUGAUAAGUUACAAUGCCACAAAAUACAGCGACGUCGGUGAAAACAGGCAUAAAUACGUGUAGGUACAGUAAAUCAUAUCGUUACGCUUUUAAAAGAACUUGAACUUUGGUCCAGUUUAAGUUAAAGUUGCGCCUGUUAGAGACGGCUGAGAAAUUUACAUAAAAGCGUGAUGUAUACACGUGCAGGGUUGUUUUACUCAAUAAACUGAACAGUUCUUCGAAUUCUUUGACCUCCUUGUUGCCUAAGCUCCGGCGUCACAGUUUGGUAAGGUCUCCGAUAUUCAAGCCCUGCAUACAGCAUUGAAUACCACAACUUUGAUUUUUGAAGUUAUGCAAUCAAAAUAGCUAGGAAGCUGCGGGCAGCGAAAGGCAACGAAAUGUAACAAAUUAAUGAAGACGCACGUGCAAGCUUAAGCUAUUGGCUUUGUGCCUUUCCUUUUUCCCUUGCCGACGACCUUGCGUAAGGUCAUUAAUCAUAACAUAAGAACAGAACUUAAACUGUAGCAUCGCCUGGCCCUAGGCGCAGCUCGAUCAAGAUGGAGUCGGUUUCUCCAGAAGUUCUUGAGCAAAAUCAUUAUCUCUAGCAUGUAGAAUUCAAUGCACCCGAUCGAUGGCACUUGGACCAAACAUCAUGCAUAUGUCACACACAUGACUGACUAAACUCUUUUGUGCUGUUAAAUCUCACCUCUGAUUGGCAGAUACUAAUUAAAAAAAUCUACAGCGUUUCGUUGGUAUAAAUGCUGUGAUCAAUAGAUAUCAUUCAAAAUUAACAAAUGUGUAGAUACUUGUGUGGCCUUAAAUCUGCAGCUUCGUACAACAGGUUGCAAAAUACAGGAUGUUGUUCCCGCAAUGAGAGACUUCAAACCCACAAAAGAUAUGAGCCAUCACCCAUCUAGAAAACAUUCCAACAGGUAUGACAAAGAAAUGGAUCAGGCCUUUACUCUUAUUUUCCACAACAUCAAAAGGCUGCAAGAUGGUAUGUUGAGCAACAGUGAUCCAGACCUUACUAAAGAACCCAGCAACUUCGAUCUGGAGCCAAAAACAGUAAAGACCAUUCAAAAACCGGUUAGAAAACGUAGCAGGUCAGAGGAUUUUAGGAUUUUAGGAUUUGGAGUCCAAAGAACCGCAUCGCCUGCUCUUAUCAAGUCUGGUUCUCUUCAGCAACUUAGUGACGCAGCGAAGUCUCCAUUUCAGAGACGAAAAGUAAGAUUUGCUGAUGAU